GCCGCACUCGUUGCGUUGACCGCUGGAAGUGCUUCUGCGCAGUUCUUCGUCCUCUAUGGCAGAGAUACUGUUGUCUCGCGCAUUGAUCCCAUCGUUUCUCCUGGAGGCAUUGGCAUGCAUGCGCAUGAGUUCAUGGGCGCCGGCAACGUCAACCAGAACUCAGACUACGAUUCACUCCAAAAGUCAACCUGCUCGAGCGUCGGACGUGCCAAUGGCAACCCGAUCAUUGAGGACAAGAGCGCCUACUGGCACCCUACCCUUUAUGUCAAGGCCACCAAUGGCUCCUACAUCAGAGUACCUACCAAUGGACACCAGAUCUACUACAUUAAUGCCGGCACUGGCCAGAUGCGCGAGCCCUUUGAGUUCCCCAAGGGCUUCCGCAUGACUGCUGGAAACGCUUAUAUCCGUGCCGCGCAAGAACACACUCCUACCAACAUGGAUGGCAUCACUCAAUGGAUCUGUCACGAAACUCCGUCGUGGAAUGAGGGUACUCAAGGCGGCUUCCCUACAGGUGUUACUUCUUGCUCUCAAUACCCAUACUUCAACGGUGCCAUCGAGUUCCCUCACUGCUGGAAUGGCAAAGACUUCGACUUGAGCUCUCCUUAUUCACACAUGGCUUACCCCGUUGGUGACAUCAGAAACGGAGCUUGCCCUGAUUCUCAUCCUAUCAGACUUCCCCAUCUCUUCAUGGAGAACAACUACGACCUGUCAAGCAUUGUGGGAGAGUUCGAGAUUGACUCGUUCGUGCUUUCCAACGGAGAUCCUACCGGCUUUGGUUUCCAUGCCGAUUUCUUCAAUGGCUGGCAAGAAGGCGUUCUGCCUAACCUGCUCACUGGCUCCAGUGCCUGUUCAUCUCACGAUGUCGGCGACUGCUCCGGCGUGACCUUUGAUUCUAGUAUGAACUGGGCUCAGUGCACCACCACUAACCAAUAUCCCGAGAAUCUUGAUGGUCCUCUCUCUGCUCUGCCCGGCUGCAACCCCAUCACCACUGUCAACCCUGCUCCGCAAUGCAAGCCUUGUGCUGCUGGCGUAGUGGGCGGACAGUGUAAUGCUGCUGCCGGCUCAUUGACUACUAGCACGAGUAACGCCCCC